GCCAAAGACAGCUGUCUUGUCGCUCGUUUAGUGUGCACAGCGUUACUGAGAGGAGGUGUUUGUCCUCCCGCGCGAUCCCCUCUUUUAACAACUGUAUCUAUAGUUACUUUUGUGUAUUUACUACAGUAAUUGCCAGUCAUACUUUUUUACUCAUCGGCCCUCACGGCUUACUAUCCUCAGUGUUCAAUUAACCGUCGAGUAGUGUUCAUGUGUGUCUUUACAAUACACGAUAAUUAAACAAUUCGAGCUGAAUUAAUAAUUAUUUUCAUUCUUAACAGAUUUUGUCUUUGGUUAGAGUACGGCACUAGUGACGUUUAGAAAGUCAAAAGGCUUGUGUUUGACAUUUUACAUUUUUGGAAUUUGGAUUCUUGGCGUUGGCGCCCUAUAGGCGAGAGUGAAUUAUAUUAGUGAAAGUUGUUUUGUGGAUAGAAUUUGUUUUUCAGAAUACUUGUAUUAUUGCAAAAUGAAAUAGUUUUACAAUAUUAUAUAAACUUUUAGUUUUGUGUUUGAUAUUUUUUUAAAUCGUGGCCUCUGAAGAGGAUUUAGGUGGAACAAAUAAUUGUCCACCGAAACGGCAAAUGUGUUUGAUCGAAAGACGAGAAGCAAAAAUACGUCCUUUAAACAUGACGAUAGCGACAAUACCAUCGCAAAAUGCUUGUGUUGAGGUUGGGGUGCCACUAAACAGCUGGUGUAAUGGUGUAGCCUGCUGUCCCAACUGUAAACACGAACUACACCUCUCGCUGUCCUGCUCUAAGGCACAUACACCACUGACACCACCCUUCACAAUACAGCCCUACUUGCCUCACUCACUCUACACGGUACCAGCACCACUUCCAUCUCCUUAUAAUGAAGAAUUAAAACGCCUGGAAGAUACGCUUAAAGCACUCCGGCUCUCUGGCUGGUAUUAUGGCAAUUUAGAUUGGCAGGGAGCAAGGAACCUCUUGAAGGAUGCCAGUGUCGGAGCAUUUGUAAUAAGGGAUUCUAGGGAUAGAAAUUUUAUUUUCUCACUGUCAGUACAAACUGAACGAGGUCCAACCUCUGUACGGAUGCACUAUGAGCAGGGCUAUUUUAGAUUUGAUUGCGACAGGCCGCUCGCCAGGUUUAUGCCAAGAUUCCGAUGUGUGAUCGAAUUAAUUCAACACUACACGCGUCUAGGGGAACGAGGGGCAGCGGGCACCGUGUGGGUCGACCGUGAGGGAUGCGCGCAUUCCCCUGUUCUCCUUAAAAAUCCUCUAAGAAAAUCACCACCAUCUCUCCUACACUCCGCUCGGAUCGCUAUCCAUAAAGCGCUGGACUCCAACCCCUUAACUCCCAAACUUUGGACCGCUCCAAAGCAUAGACUAUUGCCCCUUCCCUCCACACUCAUCGAAUACCUCGGCGAAUACGCCUACUCAAUCUAACAUAGAUCUGUCAAAUAGCUAAAUAUUAGGGUAUUAGCAAAUUACACUAGUACGGGAUGCUAGAAAUAAGGCAGGCUCCGUUACUAACAAUUGUAACGUAUUAUUUGAUAGUAUUGAUGGUAAAAGUUGUUUUCUCUGUAUAUAAUGUAAUGCAAGACUGAUUUGAACGCAUGUUUUUCGUCUGAUAUUCAAUCUGAAUGCCCGAUCUUGUCCAUUAUAUUAAGUAACAUCACAUUAGAGCUGUAUUAUUUAUUUCUUUACUAACAUAGAUUAUAUGCUAAUAUUUUGUUCCUAUGCAAGAACAUGUUCUGGUAAAUUUAUUUAUAUAAAAACUUAUGAAUCAAAUUUACCCAUUUUGGUACAGAGGGUCAUAUAAUGUAACAGCCAAUAUUUUAUUGAUCCAUAUCACAAUUGUCUGUACAAAAUGUGCCAUUUGUGUAAAAAUUGUUUUUGAGGCUGACCUUGUAAAUAGUCCUUAUUCAUAUUCCUAUUUAUUUCUUAAUUUUAAUUAGUAUGUCGAAAUGUAUACCAACCAUUUAAUGGUUCAAUAAGUAUGGCUAGUGACAUUCACUAUAUAAAUUGUAAACAAUAAUAGUCUCAAUAUGUAAGAUUUAGCGCAUCAUUCAAGAUUGGCAACUUAUAUUUAUUAUCAAACGUUUUUACAAUAAUUUUAAAAUAUUUAUAUAAAUAACCUUAUGUUAAAAAUGAUAUUGGGAAAAAUGUGGAAAUUUGCAGACAAAUCGCUGAUAUAUUAUUUAUUAGUCAAAUCAGUGAUUCAGCCUCAAAUCUCAUGUAUUCUUUAUUAUAAGAUUAAAAGCACCAAUUACAAUAAGUGUGACAUAAUAGUAAAUGUUUGUAGACUAAUGUAUGAAAAGAACUGCAUAUAAUUUAUAUAAAAAUAUCUGCCUUUA